AUGAGUCUUUUCUUUAAAUCACCUCUAGACAUCGAGGUUCUACUCGAUGGUGAAGAAUCAAGGAAGCAUGUUGAAGUACCCAAUAACACUGCUUCCGAUACUAAGGCCUUGAGAGAUCGACUGCCACUCUACGAAGAUGGUGAAAGCAUUAGUGGGAUUGUUACUUUGAGGGUCAAAGAAGGUAAACGUGUAGAACAUUUGGGGGUCAAGGUUUCUGUCAUUGGGUCCAUUGAUAUGAUUAGGACCCACGGUAAUGGUAAUGGAGGAUCAUCCAAGAGACUGACAAAUAGCAGUUCGGGGUUGUCAGAUGCAAGAAAGAAUAGUGUAGAACAGUUCUUAUGCUUCAGUUAUGACUUAUGUCCAGCAGGUGAGUUACAGCAUUCUCAGAGUUAUAAUUUCAUGUUUAAGGAUUUGGCCAAAAGACACGAAUCCUACAGGGGUAAAAAUGUUGAUGUAUCCUACUAUGUCAAAGUGACAGUAAUACGCAAGGCUGCAGAUAUUACCAAACUAAAGAAAUUCUGGGUUUACCUCUAUAACAAUGUUUCAUUACCUCCAACCUCUGUAGUGAAUCAAAGGCAAAUAGAAAACGGCGAAGAAAAUGGGUUAGUACGUAAUGAGCCUAAACCUGUCAAAUUGGAUAUUGGUAUUGAAAACUGUCUUCAUAUCGAGUUUGAAUAUUCGAAAUCUCAGUACAGUUUGAAAGAAGUUAUUGUCGGUAGAAUAUACUUUCUAUUAACUCGACUUAAGAUUAAACAUAUGGAAUUAAGUUUAAUUGCAAGAGAAUCCUCAGGGUUACAACCUUCAAAUUACUUAAUAGAUUCCACCGUGAUACGGUACGAGAUUAUGGAUGGUUCGCCUGUAAAAGGUGAUACUAUACCAAUUAGGUUGUUUUUAGGAGGAUACGAAUUGACACCGGAUAUGAGUUGUAACUAUUUCAACAUUAAAAACUAUUUGAGUUUGGUGAUUAUCGAUGAGGAUGGUAGAAGAUAUUUUAAACAAUCAGAGAUUGUAUUAUAUAGGUCAAGAUAA